AUGGUUAAGUUAAUAAAGUGCUGCAAUUCUGACACGUUUUGUAAAGUGCGCUUUCUUGGAGAAACAUCAAAGGAGUUUGAGGUCAGAUGUGUAUUGAAACAAGGGGACGCGCUAUCUCCCGCUCUCUUCAAUCUAGCACUUGAAAAAGUCGUAAGAGAUAUGCAGGGAGACCGAGAAAUGGAAGUACUGGGGCACUCAUCUCUCUUAGCAUAUGCGGAUGACAUUGUGUUACUUGGAGAAUCAAAAACGGAAUUAGAAGGGACAGUACGAAAGCUCAUACUGACAAGUAAAAAGAUGGGCCUUAAAAUACCCAAAUGA